AUGACGAGUGCUACUUUGAUUGAUCAUUAUAAUUCUCAUAAUAACUUCGAUAAACUCAGCCAGUCCUAUCCUUCGCUUGCCAAGAGCGCAUCCGACUACAAUGAAUAUGAACAAAAACUACGUAACAAAGUUGAGCAUGACAAUCGUAAUGAUAAUGGAUCGUUUCUGGACACGAUCGAAGGUCUCCGUCGGGAGCAACGUGUUCGACUAGUACAAGCUGAACAUGAUUAUUACAACCAACUGGCAACAUCGGCAACACUUGAUCUCCCAAGUGAUUCGCGUGAUGAACACAUUUCGAGAAAACAAGAGAAAUUAGUCACAUCAAAACCACCUUUACCCAAAGCAUCUCGUUCAUCUGCUGCACCUGUUUUCUUGACUGAACAACGCGCACAACAUCGUAUUCACCAUCGUCCCACAUCUGUAAAUAUUGUUCGAAGACAUGAUGAAGAAAUCGCCUUUUGCCCACACCGAACAUCGAUCGGAAACACCACAACAACUGUACACGAUCUAACAACAGACCAUGUUCGAAAUCAAAUCAAAAGUAUGUGGAAUGAAUUUGAAUUAGAAGAUUAUUUGGAUCAAAAAAAAAAUCGUCAUUCGGAUACUGCAGCUAGUUGGGCUGGUCGCAUAACCGUUCCGGAACCAUUUUCUCUCACGAACAGUAUGAAUAUGGACAGUGUACAUCGAAGAAAGUGUAUGUAUGAAAUUGAAGCUGCAAAACUACAAAAAGAAGUGGAUGACGAAGUACAUCUUAGCUAUUCAUUCAAAGCAAAUACUGUUCCCGCUCAUGUCCAUCUACCACUCUACGAACAGAUGCAAGAAGAUCAACGCCUUCGAAGUGAAAACACUCGACAAAUGACCAAAGAAUAUCUGGCAUCCAUAUCCAAACCGUUUGCUUUCGAAUCGCGUGAAAAAGCAAAAACGAUCAUACGGCGACAUUCAUUUGCAGACGGUGAUCUACUUCGAUCCGAACCACAGUUUAAAGCCAAACCUCUGCCAGAUUUUUAUUAUCAACAAAGAGAACAAAACGAAUUAUCACAAGAGAGAGAAUUGCAACGCUCAUUUACAAAAGAUAUUCGUGCUAAGGAAUUACUUCGUCAAUCUCGUUUACCUUUUAGCAGUACAAAACCUAAAUUUGUUCGUCGUUCGAAGAGUGCCAAUGAUGCUGCAAGAUUUCGUUAUCAAGAACAUGCAUUCAAACCUAAAACCAAUGGUUAUUACGUACCUAAUUAUGAUAAAAAUUAUGAGAAAUUCCUGCGCUCAAUGGAAGAACGAAAACGUACACGAUCGCCGACGAAGUGUAAACCAUUUCUAUUGUAUACGAAUAUGAUUCCAUCGAAAAAGGAUAAAAUCCUCGAUGAUAUUCGAAAUGAUGCACAUAUGCGACACGCACGAACAUUUCAAAUCAAAGGCAAACAAAUGCCAACGAGAUCAGCAUCCAUUGCCAAUCUAUCCGUUAGUCUUCAACAAUCAGAACCGAUUCCAACGAAAACAACUGAAGCACAACGAUUGCGAGAAGCAGUCGGAAAGAAAAAACGACGAGAAGAAGAAGUACGAAAUAGUAUAGCGGAAGUACAUCAACGAUCAAAAUCAGCCAAAGAUCGACGUGUGAGAGAAACCAUCCGUCAACGAGGUGAAUUACAAAAUAAAACCGUUCUUGCUAAAGCAAAACGCGAUGAAAACACCCGUCGACUUCGACAAUCGAUACGGCGAAGUGAAGAUGAUUAUGCAAAAAGACUAGAUGAAAUGAAAGAACGUGUCCAACAACGUCCCUUAUUGCUCGAACAAGAUUCGCGGAAGAAAGCGGUUCGAGAAUUAGAAAGAAAAAUUCAACAAGCAAUGAAUAUUGCCAAUGUAACCGAAGAUGACUUGAGAUUAGUAAACACAAAUUUAUCCUCAUAA